AUGAAGUUAGUUUCGCCACUGAUGAAAAAGUCCAUCAAUCAAUCUCUGCUUCCACACUUGGAGAUUCAUCUUAGGUGUGCAAAGAAUUUACCAGCCAUGGAUAUUGGUGGAAAGAGUGAUGGUUUCGUUGUCUUUUCUAUUGGAAACGAAAGUGUAAAAUCAACAGUUGUGGAGGCUAAUUUAAAUCCAGUUUGGAGUGAUAGAAUGUUAUUGGGUAUUCCAAAUGGUGAUAAAUUGACAAGUUUUGAUCAAUUAGUUCUAAAAGUUCAAGUUUUUGACAAGGAUUUACUCACCAAGAAUGAUUUAAUCUCAGAAUUCACUCUCUCAUUCAAAGAAUUCAAAAGUGAAGGUCUCCCAUUAGAAAAGAUUGUUUCAUUACCUGGAACAGAAUGUCAAAAAAAGAAUAGCACACUUGAUUUCUCAAUUACUUGUCAAAAUUUCAAUCAAAUUGCAAAUGCCAACAAACCAAUCAUUGCCAAUCAUUAUCAAGUGAUCAUGGAGAAGAAAAUUGAAGCAAUUCAAGCUAAAUUUGAGGACAGUAAUAUUCAAUUCAUUGGAUCCAGAGAGGAUAUUCAACAACGAAUUGAGGCAGCUAAGAAGGAAGAUGCUUGGUUCAAGUGUGGAAAUAAGGUUGGUCUAUCACCUGGUUUGGAGAUUUGGAGAAUUGAAAAAUUCAAAGUUGUUCCAGUUCCAAAAGAAACCUAUGGUCAAUUUUAUGAUGGUGAUAGUUAUAUUAUUCUUCAUACAUACAAGAAGGAAAAUGCACUCUAUUGGAAUAUUCACUUUUGGUUAGGAUUAAAUACUAGUAUUGAUGAGAUGGGUGUUGCUGCCUAUAAAACUGUUGAAUUGGAUGAUUUAUUGGGUGGAUCUCCAGUUGAGUUCAGAGAAGUUCAAGGAAAUGAGAGUGAUGAAUUCUUGGCCUUAUUCCCAAAGGGCAUUCGUAUCUUGUCUGGAGGUAUGGAAACUGGAUUCCGUAAUGUGAAACCAGAAGAAUAUGAACCACGUCUCUUACAAGUUAAGGGAAAGAAAAACAUUAAGGUCACUGAAGUUCCUCUCUUAUUUUCCUCACUCAAUCAAGGUGAUUGUUUCUUAUUGGAUGCUGGAUUAAAAUUAUUGCUAUGGGAAGGAAGUUCUUGCUCGAAUAUGGAAAGAUUCAAGGUUAAUCAAUUGGCCCAAUCGAUUCAAUCUGAAAGAGGAGAGAAACCAGUGCUCAUUAUUGCAAAGGAUAAGGCCAGUUCCAAUACUUCUGAAUUGACAUUCCUAUAUUCAUUACUCAAGGGUGAUGAAAAGGAUAUCAAGACAGCUCUUGAAGGUGGAAACGAUGAAGAAAAGCAAUCAGCCAAACUCUCCAAACCUGUCGUUUAUAAAUUGAGCGACAGCAGUGGCAAGAUGGAAUUCACUAAAAUGCAAGGAAAUUUCAUAUUUUCUGAUUUGAAGAGUCAGGAUGCCUUCAUUGUCGAUGCAGGAUAUAAGGUUUUCACAUGGAUUGGAAAGGGCUCGAGUCAAAAUGAAAGAAAAUAUGCCAAUGACUUUGCUGUGACCUAUUUGAGAAAUAAUGGAAAAUCUUUGAGAACUCAAAUUAGUAGAGUAAGUGAAGGAAACGAAACAUCAACUUUCCUAGAAGUUUUCAAUAUUUAA